UUGUGUUUAGAUUUAUCUCAAUUAUGUUUUUAAAGCAGGGUUUUAGUGUUUUUCAAGCAUCUGCACGAUUAUCUAUUUCUACAGUUAGGAAUAGUACACGUAGAUUAUAUUUUACGACCACAAAAUCACCAUCAAAAGGAUUUCUAUAUGGCGGAAUUGUCUUAGGUGCAUCUUUGUUAGGGUGCGGAUAUUAUUAUUAUAAUUAUGGAAUGGAUUCUUUUGAUUUUUUAAUUACUAAAAAUAAGGAUCAAAAAAAUUAUCAUAAAGUAUAUCGUGAAAUUGCAGAAUUAAUGAAUUCUGAAGAACUGGAAGAUUACGAUGAUGGUUCACUUGGUCCAAUUUUAGUUCGUCUUGGAUGGCAUUCAUCAGGAACAUAUAAUAAAGAAGAUAAUUCAGGUGGAUCUAAUGGAGCAACGAUGAGAUUUGAACCUGAAUCGAAGCAUUUAGCAAAUGCAGGACUUCAUGUUGCACGAGAAGCAUUAGAAAAGAUAAAAAAAAAGAAUCCUUGGAUAAGUUAUAGUGAUCUUUGGACUUUAGCAGCAGUUUGUGCAAUCCAAGAAAUGUCUGGUCCAUCUAUUCCAUGGCGUCCUGGUCGUGUAGAUGGUGAUUCUACUCGUUGCCCCCCUGAUGGUUUGUUGCCGGAUGCAUCAAAAGAACAAAGUCAUUUAAGGAAUAUUUUUUAUCGUAUGGGAUUUAAUGAUCAGGAAAUUGUUGCUUUAUCUGGAGCACAUGCUUUAGGACAAUGUCAUCCUGAUAGAUCUGGUUAUACUGGUCAUUGGACUUUUUCUCCUACUGUAUUUACAAAUGAUUAUUAUAAGAUGCUACUUAAUGAGAAAUGGGAUUACAAGAAGUGGGAUGGUCCAAAACAAUUUGAAGACAAAACAAAGAGUUUAAUGAUGCUUCCUACUGAUAUUUCCCUUAUAAAAGACAAAGAGUUUAAAAAGUAUGUUGAGCUUUAUGCAAAAGACGAGAAGAAAUUUUUUGAAGAUUUUUCAAAAGCCUUUAGUAAACUUUUAGAAUUAGGUGUUCCACAUUUUGACCAAGAACCUAUUAUAUUUAAGCAUAUUGUUGAUUGAGCAUCCUGAUAU